ACCAUUCAAGUUUUCUUCGUCGCUCACUCCGACUUCUAGAGUUCCUCAUCGUAUGGCCACCGACGCUUCGUCGUCCCCGCCAUCCGCCACCGGCGGUGACGCCACCGACCGUCCCGUUUCCAAUGCAGGCCACGAACCGACCACCUCCCCUUCGUCUUCUUCUUCUUCUUCGUCGACUCCAGCUUCCUCUGCCAUUGAUUUUCUCUCGCUCUGCCACCGCCUCAAGACGACGAAAAGAGCUGGAUGGGUGAAGAGAGAUGUGAAGGAUCCAGAGUCGAUAGCUGACCAUAUGUACCGGAUGGGAUUAAUGGCUCUGAUUGCUUCUGAUAUCCCCGGUGUCGAUCGAGACAAGUGUAUUAAAAUCGCCAUUGUUCAUGAUAUUGCUGAAGCCAUUGUUGGGGACAUAACCCCCUCGGAUGGGAUUCCAAAGGCGGAGAAGAGUAGAAGAGAGCAAGAGGCGUUAGACCGCAUGUGCAAAUUACUCGGUGGAGGCUCAAUAGCUAAAGAAGUAGGUGAACUGUGGAUGGAGUAUGAGGGGAAUUCCUCGCCAGAAGCUAAAAUUGUUAAGGACCUCGAUAAGGUGGAGAUGAUACUUCAAGCCUUGGAAUAUGAAAAGGAACAAGGGAAGGAUUUAGAAGAGUUUUUUCAGUCAACUGCUGGGAAGUUUCAGACUGAUUUGGGAAAAGCGUGGGCAUCAGAGAUCGCGUCAAGAAGAAAAAAAUAAGGCUAGUUUCUACCCAAUCUUUUGCAAUGGCCCUAGAAGAAAUUUCCAUUACUUUUGAAUCAGGAUUAGAUUCGUACUAUUCAUCUUUAAUAAAAAGUGAUGUAACACGAUGAUAUUAAUGUAAGGUAUUACCUUUAUAUUUGUGCUAUGGGUAGUCGAACCUUAAGAGUUCCUAUUUAUAAGUGAAGAUGAAUGUUAUUAGAUUAUAACA